CCCCCACACACAUACACACACCACCCCCAUUCCACCUCCCUCCUCCCAACUCGCUCUCUGUGGUGCACACUGCACAGUUUAUCAUGGAGGUUCUCGCCUAUGCGACGUGUUAGUCAAACGGACUUCCUGUGGUGCAAGUUACUGUGCUUGGAACGCUUUUACGAUGUAAGAUACCUGAAAGCCUCAAUCUCAGAAAAACCACCAAGUGGAUCCCACAACACUUUUUGUGCUGAAUGCUGUUGUUUGAUUGUCUUUGGCUUUUUCCGUGAAGAGAAGGGGUGAUUUUUUUUUUUCCUACCCGCUUUCUGGAAUUUACUCUUUGCAGAUUUUUUUUUCUUGACUUUGAUGACUAAAAAGAUUCCAGCAAGCCAUUUAAAUGGGCUGUCAAAUAAUACCCACGCUUUAUUUUAUAAGUAUCGGACUACAUUCUCUUUUCCCUUCAGAGUUACAGAACAUGUUUGCAAAGAUUCUUUGAUAGCAGACAGACCCUAAAUUGGAUCUGUUCAAUUUUGUUCUUUUUUUCCACUGCCUUAUUUUACUUAAAAGUUAAUGGAAUUCAAAAAUUGGAUUAUGUUGAAACUUUUUCAAUUCAUUUACACGCAACUAUGAGGUCGACAGUAACUCCAAAAUGAGUCACACAGCUUGACGCAGGUACUGGACUUGACAAAAGAGUCAUUGUGCCUGCAUAUUCAGUAUCGGACUCGAAGUCAGCUAAAUUAUAGGACCCACCCGAUUUCUCCCAAAUUUGCACAGUCCUGCCAUGAUAGCGACAAAUUUUUGUGCAAGAGACUAAGGUGGAGGAUACAAGAAAGGAAAUGUCAGAGUGCCUGACAGAAUGCAAAGCGCUGGUGACUCCGUCCACGCGCAACGGCCAUCGUGUCUUCAGCUACACGCUCGAGAGCCACACGGCCGCCGCCUUCGCCAUCAUGAACGAGCUGCGUCUGGAGCGCCAGCUCUGCGAUGUGACGCUGCGUGUCCGCUACAAGGACCUGGAGGCCGUGGACUUUGUGGCUCACAAGGUGGUGCUGGCAUCGUCAUCGCCCGUCUUCAGGGCCAUGUUCACCAAUGGCCUUAAGGAGUGCGGCAUGGAGCUGGUGCCCAUCGAGGGUAUCCACCCAAAGGUUAUGAACCGACUGAUAGAGUUUGCCUACACAGCCAGUAUCUCUGUUGGUGAGAAGUGUGUGAUCCACGUGAUGAACGGUGCCGUCAUGUACCAGAUAGAUUGUGUCGUCAAGGCCUGCUGUGACUUCCUGGUCCAGCAACUCGACCCCAGUAACGCCAUCGGCAUUGCCAGUUUUGCUGAGCAGAUCGGCUGUACGGAGCUCCACCAGAAGGCCCGGGAAUACAUCUACAUGAACUUUAGCCAGGUGGCAACCCAGGAGGAGUUCUUUAACUUGACUCACUGCCAGCUUGUGAACCUCAUCAGCCACGAUGAGCUCAAUGUACACUGCGAGUCCGAAGUCUUCGGAGCGUGUGAGGCCUGGGUACGCUACGACCGAGAGAACCGGCGGCCGUACGUCCAGGCCUUACUUCACUCUGUCCGCUGCCAUUCCCUCACCCCCAACUUCCUGCAGGCACAGCUCCAGUCUCAUGACUGGGACCCCCAGUGUAAAGACUACCUUGCACAAAUCUUCCAGGACCUCACCCUGCACAAACCUACCAAACUCAAUUCUUGCCGAACUCCCAAGGUGCCACAGCUCAUUUACACGGCCGGGGGCUACUUCCAGCAAUCUCUCAGCUACUUGGAGGCAUACAAUCCCUGCACAGGGUCCUGGCUCAGGCUAGCAGACCUGCAGGUACCUCGUAGUGGCCUAGCAGCUUGUGUCAUCAGUGGGCUUUUCUAUGCCGUGGGUGGGAGAAACAAUGCCCCAGAUGGUAACAUGGACUCUAAUUCAUUGGACUGCUACAACCCCAUGAACAACUGCUGGUUACCAUGCACGCCCAUGAGCAUGCCCAGAAACCGAAUAGGUUUGGGAGUCAUUGACCGCAUGAUAUACGCCGUGGGUGGAUCACACGGGUGCAUUCACCAUAACAGUGUAGAAAGGUAUGAUCCAGAAAGGGACCAGUGGCAACUGGUAGCCCCCAUGUUGACACGACGUAUCGGAGUUGGCGUGGCUGUUAUCAACAGACUUCUGUACGCCGUUGGCGGCUUUGAUGGGACUAGUCGGCUAAGCUCAUGCGAGUGCUACAACCCAGAGAGGGACGAGUGGAAGACCAUGGCCUCAAUGAACACCAUGCGUUCUGGAGCUGGUGUAUGCGCUCUGGACAAUCACAUUUUUGUGAUGGGCGGGUAUGAUGGCACAAACCAACUAAACACAGUGGAGCGCUACAAUGUGGAAACAGAUACAUGGAGCUUUGCUGCCUCUAUGAGGCACCGACGCAGUGCUCUGGGAGUCACUGCUUUACAGGGACGCAUCUAUGUUUUGGGAGGUUACGACGGCAGCACGUUUCUUGACAGCGUGGAGUGUUAUGACCCCGAGAAGGACACUUGGUCGGAGGUAACGCACAUGACGUCGGGGCGUAGUGGCGUUGGUGUGGCCGUUACCAUGGAGCCCUGUCAGAAGGAUUCGCCUCGGUGUCCCUCGUCUCAGCGCGAAACCAAAGGAGCUUCACAAUACAAUCAGCAACACACCACACUGUAAACUUCAGCACCACCCCUAUUUACGUUUGCGUACGUAUUGAUUUUGGAGCUAACACAAAACAGUAUUACAGUUUGAAAGGUCUGAAGUCCUCUGUCAGUGCCAGUAUAAUCAAUGACCUUCUUUGGAACCUAUUCUGCCAAACCCAGCAAGAUCUAAGCCUGCCUCUGCGCUCACAUUUGCGAUUUGAGGUCCUCGACAAGAGCCUCAACUCUCGGAUUUGACUGAAAAGGGCUGUACACCUGCACUGAGCCAUCAGGUGCUCUUUAUUUCUAGCUAUUGGCAAAGAAAUGUAAUGAAAGUGUCGUUUGAGGGGGACAAUAUUCUCAUCAAAUUUAAAUUCAGUUUGUCACUUUGGGGCCAACACCUUGCAUGCAUUUGUGUGCGUGUCUGUGAGAACUUUAAUUGGAGCGCUGUAGUAGUGGAACGGUUCACUAGAUUAGCCACGGUUCAGUCUGUAUUUGUUUUGAUCACAGUUUUUGCCUCGGUUCAUUUUUGUUGACGCUUAGGAAAAUGAAACACUGGUUUUGUAUAAUUAGCUAAAAAAAUGAAAGAAUAGACAGUACAGAAUUAUUAUUGUUGAUAGAAAGAAAUAUACUUUUGUUCCUCCAUCCAUGCCAACAUUUAUGUAUUACAGUGUAGUAACAGGUAGAAAAUAACAUCAAUUGAAUGAAAAAAAAGUUGCAGUAGACCACCUGUUGCCAUUCAUAUGAUAAAAUAAACCAAGGUUCCCAGCAAGUAUAGAAACUUUGUGUUCACGUGAACCAGCCGAGAUUGUACACAAAAAACAUUUGUGACAGCAUUGAGAUGAGAUCAUCAGUUUAGUAUUCAUUGUUUAUUUUUACAUUUUCUGUUUUGUGGUUAAUAAAAUUGUUAUUAUGUAAUAAUAACGCUUUUUAGGACACUCAAAGACGCUUUACAUUGCAUUACUCAUUCAAUCCACACAAGGUGGGGAUAGGAUAGUUUUGUAACCAGAGUUGCCCUGAUGAAUACAGACAGAUAGAGCUGUCCAGUUUGCAUCAUCAGCCCUUCUGACCACCAACUACUCACUCUUUACUUUCACACAGGCAAGCUGAGUGAAUUUUGAUGUGCACAAGCAGAAGCCGGGAUUCGAGCCUCCAAUCCUUCGAUCGAAGGACAAAUUGGCUCAGCAAAGUUUAGUAUAUACUGAUCUAAUAAUUUCCCUCCUCAAUAAAAGUUAUCCUUACUAAGCAAAGUCUUAAACUAAAUUCACACUGCAUAUACAUUGAGGAGCACAAGUAUUUGUACCCCUUGGGAUUUUGGGAGUUCACUCACUUGGAAAAUACAUAGAGGUCUGAAAUUUCAAUAACAGAUGAAUUUCCACUCAUAGAGACAUCUAAAAGAAAAAAAAAACAGAAAUGACAUUGUAUGAUUUUUUAAAAAUAAUUUAUUUGCAAUUUACUGGGGUUCAUAAGUGUUUGUACCCCUAAGAAUCAGCAAUAAUUAUGACACUGAAAGAGUUGUCAGUCUACCUUAAGAAAAAGUCCACCUUUACCACAUGAGUAACCAUCCACCCACCACCCGUUUGAGCUCCUGAUUGUCACCUGUGCACCUCACAGUCAGUCAUAAUCAAACUGCUACCAUGGGGAAAACCAAAGAGCUUUCGAAAGACACCAUAGAAAAAAAUGUUGAGCUCCACAAAGCUGGAAAAGGCUUUGGGACAUUUGGAAAGCUGCUUGGUGAGAAUAAAUCAACAGUUGCAGCAAUUGUUAGAAAAUGGAAAAGGCUAAACAUAACUGAUAACCAAUGUCGGACUGGGGCUUCAUGUAUAAUCUCUCCUCGUGGGGCAUCACUCAUGAUGAGAAAAGUGAGGGCUCAGCCUAGUACACGGCAGGGGCUGGUCAAUUACCUAAAGAGAGCGGUUUCAAAAGCAGUUUCAAAAGCUACUGUCAGUAGAACACUACGGUGCAAUGUUUAAAAUCAUGCAUUGCUCAGAAGGUUCCUCUGUUGAGCCAGUACAUGUGAAGGCCAGUCUACAGUUUGCCAGGGAACAUUUGAAGGAUGCAGAGGGGUCAUGAGAGAAAGUCAUGUGGUCAGAUGAGACUGAAGUAGAACUUUUUGGUCCAAACUUUACUCAUUGUGUGCGGAGGAAAAAGAAGGAUGAGUACAAUCCCAAGAACACCAUCCUCACUGUGAAGUAUGGGGGUGGAAACCUCAUGCUUUUUAUGGAUGCUUGUUGGCAAAGGGAACAAGACUGAACUGUAUAAAGCAGAGGAUGAAUGGUGAAAUGUACCGUCAGAAUUUGAGCCACAACCAUCUUCCCUCAUUCAGAGACUUGAAGAUGAGUCGUGCCUGGAUCUUCCAACAUGACAAUGAUCCGAAGAACACAGCCAAGCUGACCAAGGAGUGGCUGCAUAAAAAGUGAAAAUGCAUCUAUGAUUGAAAUUUCAGACCUCUACCUAUUUUGUAAGUGGGUGAUCUUGCAAAGUCACAAGGGGUGCAAAUACUUCUGCUUCUCAAUGUAUGUAUAUAAACAUAUACAGGGUGUCCCCCCAAAAAAUAUACACUCUUUAGCAGCAGUUGAUAACCAAAUUGUCUAUGGAUUUUUUUUGUAGAUUAAACCCAUUGAAUCAUUGAUGGCAGCAGCCAGAAUAAACUUUGAAGAGAGAAAAUUCAUUCUUAAAUGCUACUGGGAGCAUGAAAAUGCAGUUCAAGUGUGAACAUGUCAAGGGUGUAUGCAUUUUCUGGGACACCCUGUAACUAAAUGCCACAAUUCACAAAGCAGUCCCUGGUCAAUUUUGAAUGCUCCUUUUGAUAUACUUAAUGGUUGUUUUGUUUUGGUAGUGUUGUUAAACAUUUCAGUGUUUUAUCAAAUUAAGAAGUAUUUAGAUGACUUAGAAGAAAUUUUGUGACUUUUAAUUAGCAGUAGGAAUACAGUGGCAUGAAAAAAUCUGUUACCCUCAGAAUGCCCAAAUUUAUUUUUGCAACUUACUUGAUUAGAGGUUCCCUGGGAAUAUCCUUCUAUAAAAAUGUUAGGAUUGUAUGGCAGGCUUCUUUCUAGAAUCCCCCCUCAUUCACACACAAAAGAUUUAUACCAUUACACAUUGUGUGUGCAGUAAAUCUUUGUAAAUCCUACUGGUGACAUUUUGGCACAAGAUGAGCUCCAUCAUGUUGAGCAGGUAAAACAUGGUCUUCCGUUUUAGUGCCAACACAUAGAACACCACUUGAACAGGAAAUGUAAUACUGAUGCUUUUUAAACAUCCCACUGAAUGUGUGAUUUGUUUUUACCUAAAACACCUGUUUCUCAAUGGACAGUUGAUAUCUUUUUUUUUCUACCAGACCUCAAAAACAAAAGUGACCAUGUUUGUCCAGUGCUCUAAGUGCUCUAAAUAUUGAGCACAAAAGACAAAUUAUAUGUUUGUAACAGCCUUUUAAGCUAAAUGUUUCUAAGUGAUGUUUUGUACACAGAUAUUCGAAUCAUUCUUGUACAGAAUGGAAGAGCUCUAUUUAUUCAUUCACUUUUUAUGUUCAACUGACAACACAUUUGUAUUGAAACAGGCUGGUGGUGUGUUUUUGUUAACGCAACGAGCAUGUGUUGUCGCUGGAUAGAAAUUCCUGUUCAAAGGGGGUGGUUUUGUAAAUAAUUGAAUUCACAAUGUAAGGGAUUUCAUUGUUUAUCUUUACCGGGGAUGAAAUUAAGAGUAUUUAAAAUCUGCUUUGUACAUUUUCCAACAGAAACCUGUAUGAUAAUUGUACAGUAAAAUAUGUUUGUUGUAUUGUUUGGUGUUUUUCUGUUACUUAUAAUGAAAUUAUGUACUUUGUUAAACGUACAAGUGUAUUGUAUUGGAGCUUCUUGGCUUACA